ACGGUAAUUACAACCUUAAACGUGGGCAUUAUAAACAGGGUCUAUCAGAAGAAACACAGAAGCUCUUGUUUCUUCAUUGACGAUGUCGCUCCUCCAAACGUUCCUAGCUUCGAUGGAAAGCGUGUACGGAAACUUCUCCACCGUUCCUGACGCGACAAAGUGGAGACCGCCGCCGAAAUCAGGAGGUCAUAGAGGCCGAUAUCUCUGGACAGACGCCUUUGGUGUUUUAAAUUUUCUUACCCUUUAUAAAGAGCUGUCACUGGAGGGAGAUAGCAAGGCUACCGCUGGCAAUUACUUGAUCUUUGCUCAGCGCCUUAUCGCUACCGUCCACGACGUCUUGGGUCGCACGCGUGAUGGUCUUUCUCGACUCCCCCACGCGACAGAUGAAGAACCUCUAAAAGGUGGUUUGCGGAUCGGAAAAGAAGAGGAAACAGGGCCUGAUGGCGAUGGGCAAUAUUUUCACUACCUCACUAUGUGGAUGUUUGCUCUCAACCGAAUGUCGAUAGCGACAGGGGAUCCGACAUAUAACAGGCAGGCUAUUUCACUCGCAAAGGCUAUCCAUCCGCACUUCUUCCUCAACCGUAACUCGGAAAAACCACACAUGGUAUGGAAGAUUGCCAUGGAUUUGUCCCGUCCGCUUGUUGCCAGCGAAGGGCAUCUAGACCCCAUUGACGGGUACGUGGUUUUCCGCCUCUUGCAGGCAUCCGCUUUGAAGUAUGGCGACGGGGAAAUUCUCAAGGAAGAAAUUGCCGAUUACAAGAAAGUAAUGGCUUGCAAAGGGGACUUUUAUGUAACAAGAGACCCCCUCGAUCUGGGAAUGACGCUCUGGACGGCUCACUGGUUCGCUGAUCGGGAAAACUGGGCGCGUCAUCUGGCAGACAAAUGCGUUUAUCAGCUCCAUCAUCUAUUCGAGGAGGACCAUUUCCUGGAGACGGAUUUGCAGUUUCGUAUUGCAUACAGGGAGUUUGGAAUUUGCCUCGGCAUAGCCUGCCUGACAUGCCGAGAGGCCAGCAACGACGAAGGAUUGAAUAAUCGGUCUCAGGAGAUAGUCACCCAGUGGCAGAAGUAUAUAUCAUCGCCUUUAACCCCAGAAGACCUAAAGCCUAUUACCAAGGUUAUGUAUUCAACCGCGUUAAUACCAGGGGCUUUCAAGUCUCAGUAUCUGGGGACUGAGCCUAUUGAUCAAUUCUGAUCAACGUCGUUGGGAAAAAAGAAAGCUCUAUAUGCACCCUCUGAUAAAAGUACUUUGAUAAAACCUAUAGCUAUUUCAAUAGCGACGACGUGAAUACCAAAGGGAUCUUUGGCUCUUGCAAAUGGCAAUAUGUAGCAAUGUCUAUGAACCCCACAAAAUCAAAACGAUGUUAUCUAUACAUAUCAACC